GACGGGGGUAGUGGGGGGGGCGUGGCCUUUCCUCCACUAACAUGGCCGCUGCAGCUGUGCGGCUGCUGUUAGUGGCCGGUUUGGGGGUAACUCCGUUGGUAGGUGAGGGCGGCGGGCAGGCCCAGGUGCUGGGGGUGCGUUUGGAGGAUGGAAGUGGAGUUUCUUUCAGCGGAGGUAUAAUCAGUGCUCGCCCAGGUUCCGUGUUCCUCCUCCGCCUGUGUGGCUUGGGGCUCAGCAAUGAUACCUGGCCCUGGCUCUCCAUUGGGUCCCCUGGGGGCCAAGGCUGCACUUCUACCCCAGAUGCACCCUUGCAGCUGCUCCCAGAGUUCCUGGUCUGCGGCGAGCGCUCGUGCCUGGUCGCCGUCCACGUUAGGGACGGGGUCACGGAUCAGAAAGGCCUCCUGUACCCCCUGUGCGUUCGCCAUGGAAACGAUUGGGUCCUUUAUUCAGUGGGGGACACACUUUUCUCGGUUUCGGGGAAUGGUGAGAAGUCGUCCCUGACUGGGGUAGAACAACGGGCGUGUGACCGCUUUGUGGCCAAUGGACAGGACAAGGUUGGAUCCACCGAUGAAUAUUUGGCCACCUGGCUGGUGGCUUUUCUGAUUGUCCUGUGCGUGCUGCUCUCCGGCCUUCUCCGUGGCCUGCAGUUGAGCACGCUGGCCCUGGAACCGCCAGAACUUAGUAUCCUCAGAGACUGGGGCUCCCCCUCCGAAAGAUUGGGCGCAACUCGGCUGGACUACCUAAGGACUCGCUGGGGCGGUUAUACGCUCAUUUCCCUGUUGACCCUGUGCUGUAUCGCCAACGCCGCUGUGGCCGUCUUGCUGUAUCAGGUCAUUGGCUCAAUCGCUGGUGCCAUCUUUUCCGCGGCCGGGCUGCUCCUGUUGGCCGGGGAAGCUCUACCAGCUGCCAUCUGCUCCCGCUGGGGUCCGUGGCUGGCCUCCAAGUGCCUUUGGCUCACUCACUUUUUCCUGCUCCUUCCUGGGAUCGUCUCGUUCCCUCUGUCCUGGCUCCUGGAGAAGAUGACCGGCCAAGACCCGAGCCGCUGCUACAUGAGGCUGCGCAUCCUAGAGAUGGCCAGGUGCGGGGACCCCUACAGCGAGCUGGUGAGGGACGAAUUCAGCAAAGGGGCCUUAAGGAACCGGACGGUGGAAGAUAUCCUAACGCCUGUCAAAGACUGCUUCAUGCUAGCCAAUGAUGCCCACCUGGAUUUCAGCACCAUGUCCAGCAUCAUGGAGAGCUGCUACACUCGCAUACCCGUCUAUGAGAACGAGCGCUCCAACAUUGUGGAUAUUCUCUAUCUGAAAGACUUGGCCUAUGUGGAUCCAGAUGACUGCACCCCUCUGAGCACCAUUACCCGCUUCUACAGUCACCCUGUCCACUUUGUGUUUAGCGACACCAAGUUGGACGCUGUGCUGGAGGAGUUUAAAAAGGGUAAAUCUCACAUGGCUAUGGUCCAGAAAGUGAACAAUGAAGGAGAAGGCGAUCCAUUCUACGAGGUGAUGGGGCUGGUCACGUUGGAGGAUGUUAUUGAGGAGAUUAUAAAAUCGGAGAUAUUGGAUGAAUCCGAGGAUUACAAACAAGCAGUAAAGAAGAAGCAUCCCAAAGUGCAUCCAAUUCCAAUACCACGUGGAGGAGAAGACCUGUCAUUUUUCAAGGGUGGUGACGUGGAACAGAAAGUCAAGAUAUCACCGCAGCUGUUGCUGGCCACUCAGCGCUUCUUAUCUCAGGAAGUGGAUCUUUUCAGUGCCUCUCGGAUGUCGGAGAAAGCCCUCUUGCACUUGCUCAAACUCCCAGGAGUCACACAGGAGGUUAAAUUUGAUGACAGUGAACGGCUCGCCCCUGAACACUAUCUGUACCUGCGCAGCCAACCUGUGGACUAUUUCGUACUUAUUCUACAGGGCAAAGUCCAGGUAGAGAUUGGGAAGGAAGGUCUAAAGUUUGAGAACGGGGCAUUUACCUAUUAUGGAGUCGCUGCCUUGGGUCCUUGCCUUUUAAGUUCUAACUCUCCACCCAGUGCCCAUGAGCACAGCGAGUCUCCAGACUCUGGCUUCUACUGUCCAGACUACUCUGUGAGAGCGUUGUCUGAUCUACAGAUAGUCAAGGUCUCUCGGCUGCAAUAUCUGAAUGCUCUGCGGACCUCACAUUCACACACCAGUGCCCAGUCUCCAGACAGUAUAGAGUUGAAGAUAUUUCCAAGCAGCCAGACACAGCUAUUGAAUGACAGGAAUGCUGGAUCAGCAUUUUUAAUCAACACUGCUGUUAUGGGCACAAUAGAGAGUGUCAGCUAAUAGCUGGCCGUGCUGGUAAAUACAGAGAACUGAUGAUGGAAGGGAGACAGAGCGCUGGAAUACAGAUGAGAGCUGAGUGAUCAUCACUACCCCUUACCUCACCAAGAACCUGGGAUCAGAGACUCGGAAGUAGCACUGAAAAAAUGUCUCAAACAGUCCCUUACUGGUGGUGCCAUUUCUUUUUUUCAGUGCAAAGUGACAUUUCAAGUGAACAUACAUUGGAUAAAAGUGAAGUUCCCUUGCCGGUCACAGGAACAUCACCACUUGCAGUGUGAACAUUUCUUGCCAUUACCCGGCAUUUCCGUCCAGAGGAAGUUGUACAGAAAGGCAAAGUGUUAGCGGAAGCCGCACUGCUGAUGGGAGGA